GCUAAGUCCUGAGCGAACGUCGACGUCUGCUUGUCCCCACCGACCAGCUCCCGCACCCACGCCCUCCUCAGUUCCCAACCCAUGGCUGACUCUGAUCGUCUCUCGUCACCGACGGCAGACACUGCCCACCGUCCCUCGUCGCGCCCGAAGCAGUCUCGCAAUCCGCAGAGCUCGCCCUCCAACGUCCGCCAGCGCUCACCGAGCAACAACGACGGCCUGUCGUCCCACCCAGACCACAAGGUGCCCACGAAGCGUGCCCGCAAGGCGAUCAACUGUGAGCCGUGCAGGAAUAGCAAGCUUAAGUGCGACAGAAAUCGUCCGUGCUCGUCUUGCGUCCUUCGAGGGACCGUCGCGCAUUGCUAUCAGAACCAAGAGCCGUUCACCAAUAUAUCGCGCACAGAUGACUCUAUUAAUGCAAAGUCUAUCGACCCCAUACUCGAGGUUAAUAAGAUGCGACAGUCCUUGGCCAUGCUCGAAUCCCACAUCCUCUACAACCAGCGCCAGCAGCCUUCGACAUCCUCUCGGACACAGUCCAGCCCCCUUACCUCCUCUGCCCGCCCUUCAUUCGACUUUAGCGCCAGCGCUGCCGCCGGUCCGUCAAACGUCCGAUUUUCACGCUCCGUGGAACCCGUGAAUGGAUCGAUGAAGCAGGAGGCAGUUGAGGGCGACGUGACGCUCGAUCUGAGCGAGUCCGACAUGAACCCACCGGGUAAAACUGGAAGGUCUGACAAGGCGGGGAUCUACACGGGCCCCACGAGUGCGGCAUCGCAUCUACCUACUGCCGACGUGCGUGAUAGCGAAGAGGGGCCCGACGACAACCACUCACCGACCUAUGAGGCACUAUCCUUCGAGAACCGUCCCGGCUACGAAGAGGACCGUGACCUGCUUAGCGAGCUCCCCCACGUAUCGACUAUCGAUGGGCUGAUAGACUACUACUUCGAGUAUUGCAACUGGGUCUACCGGCACAUCAACGAGCCUGUCUUUUUGGCCGCCUGGCAGCGUUACAAAACAGGCGCCACGGCAGACCGCAUCAUCCUCGGCACCGUCUGCAUGGUCAUGGCCACCGCUCUACCCUAUCUCCCUUCGGACCACGAGCUUUUGCGCUCCUUACCGCCUCACCUGAACAUCGGUAUUGAGGAGCUUGGCCAGAAGUUUUACAACGUGAUGAAGGUCGCGCUGCAGAGAAGACAGAAUGAGACGAAGAGCUACAGUCUCGAGUUGGUCGAGCUGCUGUUACUCAGGGGGAACUAUCUCGCGUUGAGCAAGAUUGAGACGGAGGAGAUCUGGAAUGUUAAGGGCGAAUUGAUAACGAUAUCGACGGCCAUGGGCUUGCACAGAGAUCCGGGAAAGCUGAAACUGCCGUUGGAGGUGGCGGAGCGGCGAAGGUGGGCUUGGUGGCACGUUAUCUUGUUCGAACGUUGGCAAGCCUUUAUGUUUGGGCGUCCCCCAGCCAUUGCCUCCCACCACUUUGACACCGCCCUUCCAUCCUACUGCGACCCUGCCGUUGACCCUACCGGCCGCAUCUAUGGACCCAAUAUAGCGCUCUUCAAACUCGCGUACAUCCUUGGUAACAUCAUGGACGACGCGAUCUCCCUCCUGCCCGUUCCCUACGAAAACAUCGUGGCCAAGGACAAAAUCCUCCAGCAGUGGCUCGAUGCGCUUCCUCCCGAACUUGACAUGGAUGACUAUAGCCUGGUUCACUCUCUUGCUUCAGGGACGACGGCUAUCAGGAGGUUGGGAGUGCAGAGUAUCAUCGUGAGGACGGCGUUCUUGCAUAUUAGGUUCACCCUGCAUAGGCCUUAUGCCAGCCUGGCGAGAGAUGAUAUUGGUAGUGGGAACAGUUCGAACGCAAGAGAUGGAAAGGGGAAGUUUUCGUUCAGUUUGGAUACGGCGGUGUUGGCGGCAGACAAGUUAAUCGCUCUCGUAGCGCAAGCAAGACCCGAGAUCCUGACAAACGCGUCGUUGUCUGUUCCGGGACAUCUGAACUGGGGGCCAUUCCAUGUAUUCUCCGCGGCGAUGUUCUUCUCGUUUCAGCUCAUCAACAAUCCGGAUCAACCUGGUGCACGAAUGCUCCGCGGGAAUAUACUGCGAGCACUCUCCACGCUCGAACAAUGCCGCGGAAUGCCCGUGGCAGAGAAGGCUCUGGCGAUCCUACAGUGUCUCAGCCCAUUGUACGACGAUCGGUACCUCGCAGGUACGAAAGAGGAGCGGGAACGCAUGAAAACAGAUAUUCUACCUCGGGUACGAAGCCUCGCCUUCCCAUACCACGAUUCGUCGAGGGGCUCAAGGGCUGGUCUGGGAACGGGCGAGAGUCCGAGGGUGCUCAUGGGUGCCGUCUCUCCCUCCACCGGAAGUAACCCAACGGACGAGAGAGAGAUGCACGACCAGCGCCGACACGAACCACCCCAGGUCGUCAGGUUUGAUUCUGAUCAAGAGAGCCCUCACCAGCAACAGCGGGCUCAGGCUCCGCCGAUGAUGUCGCUUCAGCCACCAGAAGGACACGGCCAGAACGGUUCUGUUCCGAAAUCGACAUCGCCUCAAUCGAUGUCUGUGGCAAAUGUGGGGACACAGUCACAGGCUUCUGCGCAAAGUAAUGGCCAGCUGCAUUCGGUGAGGUGGGCCCCGGUACAGGGCACGACGUACCCAGUCACUUUCAUGAACGGCAAUUCGUCAGGAUCCGCGUCGUUUGGAUCGUCGCGGACCGCUUUCAUGCCGGCCAACUCAGACGGAGAGCUUACCUCGCCUUCAUCGUCUCAUCGUGCCUCUCAUCGUCAUCACCAUCACCAAUCGCACCCACCACCGGAUUCCCACCACCAAACACACUUGCAACCACACUCACAUUCACGAGAGGACGAGCAUCACGACCAGCACGGUCUCAUGCCUCCUGGCGAUUCAUGGCGACAUCAUCAGGUGCAGACCCUCCUCCAUCUACAAGGCUACCACAAAGAUUACCAUACUGAACACGAUCCUGAUCCGAAUAACGUCCCCUCGCAGAUGCCUCAACAGCGUAACACAGGUGUUGGUACUGAUCCGCGCAGCGUUGGGAUGGGUGUGGCUGGUGCGUAUGGAGCGCCGAGUAUGAUCGGAGUCGGGAUGGGUAUGGGGUUGAGCGGGGCGCCGCCGCCACCGCAUACGGGAGGCAUGGCGGGAGGUGCGGGUGGGAUGGAUAGUGGCGUUUGGGGUGCGUCCAGUGGAUUUGAGCAGGGAGAGUGGGCACUGUUCUUCGAUAAUUUUCAGCACGGUGAUACAGGGAGGGGUAAUCAAGGACGAAUGUCCAUGGGAGAGUAAGGAUGGUGGAAACAUAGGAAAAUGGAAAAUGGCCUCUCCAGGGAAAGAUGAAAGGGGGGGCAAGAAAAGGAAGCGGCAUCGACCCCACCUCACACUGAUCCUUAUAACUGUUCCAUACACGCCCCAGACUCCCUGGCUCUUUCCGCAUCCGUUCGAAGGAUUCCUUCUUCUCCUUGGCCCUCGGUCUAUGUUUUAUUUUUGCAUCCCAGACCGCACAGGACACUCUCGCUUUCAUCUCACCGGAUGUCCGCCAUACCCAUCCGUCGUUCCUCCAUCUGCAUUUGGUGAUCUGGUUGUAUGCCUUUCCUUUACCACAACGCCCACUUCCUUGUUUCGUACAGUCGGUUCUCCCGCCAAGUGUUGCCAUCUGAGGCCGUGAGGCGGACACACGUCCCACUUCCCUCAUUUUCCGCGGAGUACGAACUUCUGUAGUAUCACCGCGGUGAUGUUGGGCGGGACUUAUCCGCGUUCUAUGUCGUCUCCCUUUUUAUUAGUUUCCGUUGUUCUCGUCAUAUGUACUGUAUUUGUCUGUGCUAUCGUUACGCUGUGAUCUUGAGGUAUUCAUUCUCGCGCUGUUCUCAUCUUGUAUUUUCAAUCACCGCUGUUCUCUGGUCUCUGUUGUUGUUAAUUUCUUCUUGGCUUUCGACUACGUAGUGUACUGUCCGGCAAUUACUUGUGGUACCAC